AUGCCUAGCCCCAAUACUAAGAAGGAGGUGCGAAGUUUCCUGGGCAGGCUCAACUACAUAGCCCGGUUUAUAUCCCAAUUGACCACCACCUGUGAGACCAUCUUUAAGUUGCUAAGAAAGAAUAACCCAGAAAGGUGGAAUGAGGAGUGCCAAGAGGCUUUCAAGAAGAUAAAGAAAUAUAUCCUGAACCCUUCGAUACUAGUACCCCCAAUACCUGGAAGGCCACUGAUUCUAUACCUGGCAAUAUCGGAGAAUUCUAUGGGUUGCGCUAUCAAGGGUAGCGUUAUUGCAGAAUAUUUAGCAGAUAGGGCUGUGGAGGAUUGUCAGCCUAUGGAGUUUGACUUCCUGGAUAAGGACAUUAACUCAAUAAGCCAAGAAGAAGAAGAUCACAAAGGUUGUACGAUAUUGUUUGACAGGGCGGUCAAUGUGUGGGGACAUGGAAUAGGAGCCAUACUCAUAUCACCGGAAGGAGAACAUUAUUUGAUCACAGUUAAGCUUACUUUUCCAUGCACCAACAAUAUAGCAGAGUAUGAAGCAUGUAUAUUAGGUUUGCAGGCAGCCAUAGACCGGGGAAUCAAGGAAUUAGAUGUGAAGGGAGACUCAGCCCUAGUCAUUCACCAGUUGCCUAGAGAGGGGGAAACCCGGGAUUCCAAAUUAGUGCCAUAUCAGGAGUACAUUCAGGAGAUGAUUGAAGGAUUUGACGGCAUCAGUUUUGCCCACCUACCAAGAGAAAACAACUUGAUUCCUGAUGCACUGGCCACUCUGACGGGCUUUGUUUAA